UUGUAAUUGGCUCUCAAAUAUGGAAAGAAAAUUUGGAGGGAAUUUACAAGGAGAUGUUUUUGCUGGCACUGAAGACGAAAGGUUUUUGUACCAACAUAAAGAGUUUUAUAACUUUUAUCACACCGAUGAAUUUCGAAGAAAUUGUCCUAUCUUUGGAGAAUUUGAGAAUUUUUUGCAAUCGCAGAUUCAAGUAUUUCGCAAUGAGAUAUUAAAUACUUUAAAGGUAACAACAGAUCAAAGCGAGAUGUUUCUUCAAACAGAGGAAGCUGAUGCUGCAAGUAAGCUUACUAAAAGAAAGGAUCAUUACAUUCCACCGAGGUCAUUUAUGAUUGCAAGAGAUGCAUUUCGAUGGGAUCGGGAAAGACAACGAAAGGAAACACAUAAUAAAAUUGAGAAGAAAAGGAGGACGUACAUUAAUGCCAAAAUCACGGAGCUUGGAAAUAUGCUACCGGACUCUAUUGAUCGGACAUCAUGUAACAAGAAGGGGACUAUUUUGAGGGAAGUUGUGGAAUACAUGAAAAAGUUACAAAGGGAUCAAGAACUAUUGAAACAUUUGGAGAGCAAGAUCCAAUAUCUCGAUAUCGAGACCCGAAGAAUGGCCGAACGAUUAGAGUUUUUAGAAGUGCAACCAGCUAACAAUCUCGCAAAAAAUUUUGACGGAAAUGAAGACAAACCAUCGCAAGCAAAAGCUUUAUCGGGUAGUUUUCAGAUAAACUCCCAGAAUCAAAGUCAAAUGCUUUGCAACCAAACAGCAAAUUCCAUAUGCAGUGGAUUAACAUCAAAUUCAACCACUUUGUGUACACAAGCGGAUAAGUUGAAUUCCGAAUGGAAUGGCCUAUCGGCAUUAAUAAGAGAUGAAGAUACGAUUUAUUAUGAAUCGACGCCUACAUUUGCCGACACACUAAGUAACUAUUUCUGAAAAUAAAAGACAUCAGAAGAUGUUGCACCGCCUUUGAAACAUAGAUAGUUGAUAUAAGAUGUUAGGUAUUUUCAUACAGAUGUUAGGUAUUUAUUAAACCUUCUGAUAAUAAGUUAUAUUUUUUCA